UAUUGAUCAAUCAAAACCUCGAACAAUUCUGAACAGAGAGAAAACGCGAAAACAAUUACAAGUGCUUCGUCGUCUUUUUUUUUGUGGAAUAAUUUCGUCACCCCACCGAAUCGCCAUUCAUUUACUAUUAUUAUCAAAUUACUCAUCAGUCGGGCCAAAGCAAAGUGAGCUCACCUGCUCCUCUUCAACGUGCACUUCUCCGGCCAUACUACAGCAGCCAGUGUCGUCGAUUUCUUCGGUGCGAUUUAUUCCGAAGAAAAGUGCAAGUGAAAUCUCUCAUCAUCGCCAUCGCCAUCGCCAUCGGACAGCAACUUUGUUACCCUGAAAACAAUAAAUCUUCGCGAGAAGACCGACUCGGAUCGUCUUGAAUUACAUUUAUAAAAAUAGAGAGCACCAUCGACGGCGCGGGGCUGAGCAGUGAGACCGCGCGUUGAGACCCGACAUUAGAAAGCUAGCCACACAAGAUGUCCAGUCAGCCGAAGAUGUCCUCCGAGAUGGGGGCCGCCGAGCAGUACGAGAUGGAACAGCUCGCCGAAGCGGAGAGCCAACGGCUGCACAAACUGCUCCGGAAUCUGGAAAACGAGCGGGCCGCCUUCCUGGAAUCGAAAAACACCUCGAUGCGCAAAUUCAGAGCCAACGUGCGCACCCUGGAGAAGGAGAAACAACAGCUGCAGCUGCAGCUGGACUGCGAGGAACAUGGUGUUCAUUCGAAGCGGGAAACGGAGAUGGAGUCGGUGCUGGAGCUGACGUAUGAGAAGCAGGAGAAGGCGAAUCAUAACCUGAAGGCGAAGAAGGAUGGACUGAGGGAGUUGGAGAGCCAUAUAAGGAAGAUUCAUCGGGAGAUUGCGGAGAUCAGGAAGAAUGAGGUGACGGACAUAAGGUAUAACGAAACGAUUGCCAAAGCGCAGCGCUCGGUGAGGAAGCUGGAGAAUCGGUUGGACGUGGUGAACAAGAAGGCCGGUGUGGCAAUGGCGGAGAAUUCGCAGCUGAGGCAAACGAUCGAUCACAUGCUGACGGAGAGGGCGACGUUCAAUAUCAUGUGGGAGAAGCUGGUGGCGAAGCUGAACGAAGGCAAGCGCUUUAUGAUGGAACUGAUAGAUCAGGCUACGGCGGCGUACGAUACGAGGGAAGAGCUGUGCACGAAGUUGCAAAUAUUGAAGGACAAAGGACAGAGCGAGAAGAUUACGCACAUCCAGGAGAUGAGGGAACUGCAGCGGAAGUUGGAUCACGAUGCGAAGUUGCAGGAGUUCCUCAGCAUUAAGGGGCAGCGGCGAUCGAACGCGGAAUUGGAGGAACGGGAAGCGCUUAAGAAGCAGAAGAUGCUGGAGAAUCUGGAGAAGCAGUACGCGGAGUAUGAGCAGAUUAUGUCGCGAAUCAUGGCAUUUUCUGGGGAGGACGAUAUCGAUCGAUUGGUGGCUAAGUUCAUUAAGAAGGAGGAGGAGAACUUUGCGCUGUUCAACUACGUGAAUGAGCUGAGCCACGAGGUGGAAACUUUGACGGAGAGUGUACAGUUGUUGCAGGAUAAAAUCACUGAGCAAAUUGCCAUAAAUGAGUCGAAGGAGCACUCACAAGAUGACAACAUCGACGCUCUUCGCUUGGAGGAAGUCAACAGUAAGCAGGCAGCAGACGCUGCAUUCGAGAUCAAGCAAGUCUGGGAUGUGAAGCUGGAUGAGCUACUGAGAACUGCCGAAAGGAUUUACAAACUCCUCCACUGCGACGAGGCACCGAUCCUUAACCUGCUGAACAACGAACGGAAGGUUACGCUGAACAACGCCAAGCUGUUCCUGGGGAUCAUCGAACGUCGCGUAGCGAACAUUAUCAGCAACGUCAACUACGUGGAACCGACCACAAAGAUUCUGGGCAAGAAGGACCGGGUGCCGAACUUCAACGUCAAGGAAUCGGCCAAGAUUCGGAUCGAUAGAGGUUAAG